AUGUCACAGCAAUACCCAACAAGAAAACACGCGCCAGGACCAAAUACUCCGAAGCCAUCUUCCACCGCCUUGACUAAUCGUCCCAAUCAUUCUGCAAUAACACCUCCGUUAUUAUCAUCAACCACAACACCCACACGACAGAAAAGACCUCAGACACAAGCUGAACUAGUGCCUUAUCAGUACAAUAAUUUGUCCGAUCAAUACAUCGAAAAUAAUAGCAAUAGUAAUAAUAACAACAGCAACGAUGGUAAAGUGCAGCAUCACUUUCACCAUUAUCACGUUCAUCAUCACCCCCAUCCUUCAUUUCACCAACCUAAUGAUCCAAGAGAUCAUUUGCCAAUAAAUUCUGCCCAAAAUUAUCAACUCCCAAUAAAAAGAAGAAGAAGCGCCAUCAAUCCGCCAGUGUCUUCGAUUUCCCACCCCAUCGUAAAUAAUAGCGCCAAUGCCAACAUCUAUCCGGCUGCUCGUGGGUCAUCUGCAGGACCGUCUUCAAACCAUCUUCUAGGCAAGCCACCAAUACCGUCCCUAUUAAAUAUGCCAACAAUUGAGAGUAUCACCGGUAAUAAUGUCCAUCGAUAUUUUCCUGGCGAAAAAUAUCCCCGCAUUAUGGAUGCUGAUGCCGCUUAUCGCCAGUACCCAAUCAACCAUCACCAAAACGUCAACCCACAUACCAUCCCUAUAGGCAAAGUUCCAAACCAGCAUCAGCCGCAGAAAGCGUUUGCUACCAACCUCAAUCGCAAUCCCGAAAUCAUGGAUCCAACACCGGGGCCUUACUCAGAUCCUGGAUCAUCAUCUUCUUGGCACAAACAUCCACAACAGGACAAGGACAAUGACGAGAUCAUGGACGAGCAUAUCCGUGCGAUUCGAGAAGACAUCGUGAACUACAAUCACAGAAAGUACGAUCUAAUUUUGACCUAUGAGCUGAGUAUAAUUGAUCUAACAGGGCGCCAACGGCUUAUAAAACGCAGACUCAAAGACUUUGUGAGGACGACAAAGGAAAAGAACCUUGAUUAUUUGGGAAGACUACGAACUGAUUUGGAUAAGGCCGAGGGGAAACUAAAACACGAUACUGAUCGUACUCCGACUUUUCCAGAGCGAACUAAAGGGGCAGAUAAGAAUAUCGAUCAUGAGACGCCUGAAAGAGAAGCUACGAAUGGGGAUCAAAAGGAGGCAUCUUGA